AGCUGCUACUUUCUCUCAAACGUAAUGUUUGCUAAUUCCGAACAUGGCAGAUACUGACGGGAAAGACAAGUCUGAACAGAAUGGUACUGUCAGCCAUGCUGCAGAUGGAAAGGCAAAAAUACAGGACGUUUCCCAAUCAAAGAAUGAAGCUAAAGAGCUGACAAAAGAAGAAAAACAGCGUCUGAGGAAAGACAAGAAACAGCAGAAAAAGAACAAGAAAGAUGACAAGGGACCAACAGAGAAAGAGAAAACGCCAGCGCCUUCUGUGCCAUCGCAGCCAGUUACGCAAAAUCCAUCACAGAAAGCCGCAUUAGCAGGUAAUACUCCUGUUAGUGUACCUGUAGUGGAGUCCUCUACACCUUCAGACAAGGCAGCUAAAAGCAAAGCAGAGCUAAAGGCAGAGCGACGAGCACGCCAGGAAGCAGAUCGGGCUUCGAAACAGGCUAAAAAAGAGUCAGGCACAACUGCCACCAGCAAGUCAAAAGCUCCACCAAAUGAGCUUCAACCAGUAGUGAAAAGAUUACCUGAACACAUUCAAGUAGAUGAUCCAGCUGUGGUUAAAAAGCUGGCCAAGAAGCUUGAGAGGCAACAGAUUCCUCUACGGUCAGAGUACGGCUACAAAGUCAGCCUGUUCUCCCAUCUCCACCAGUAUAGCCGCAAAGCCCCUCUUACCCAGCUAAUCAGCAUCCCUGCUACAGUUAUCCACCCCUCCAUAGUGCGGUUGGGCCUGCAGUACUCACAUGGCAUCGUGGCUGGCUCGAACUCUCGCUCUGUGGCUCUACUGCAUGCCUUUAAACAGGUGAUUCAAGACUACAGUACUCCACCAAAUGAGGAGUUGUCCAGGGACCUAGUAAACAAACUGAAGCCAUACAUCAGUUUUCUAAAUCAAUGUCGCCCCCUUUCCGCAAGCAUGGGAAAUGCAAUCAAGUACAUCAAGAAAGAGAUCUCCAUUAUUCCCAGUCAGUGCAAAGAGGAGGAGGCUAAAAAGAAAUUACUAAUAUGUAUCGAUAACUAUGUCACCGAGAAGAUCGCGCUUGCUGCCCAGGCCAUCUCCAAAUAUGCCAGUGAGAAGAUUAGUGAUGGUGAUGUCAUUCUUGUUUAUGGAUGCUCAUCACUUGUCAAUCACAUCCUGUGUGAAGCCUUUGAAAAACUUCAAAGAAAGUUCAGGGUCAUCGUGGUGGACAGUCGACCCAGACUGGAGGGCAGGGAGACACUUAGACGUUUGGUGAAAAGGGGUAUUCGCUGUACCUAUGUACUAAUAUCUGCUUUGUCCUACAUUUUGCCAGAGGUGUCCAAGGUGUUUCUUGGAGCCCAUGCCCUUCUGGCUAAUGGAUAUGUGAUGUCCAGAGUGGGGACAUCCCAAAUUGCUCUUGUAGCCAAGGCCUAUAACGUACCUGUGCUAGUCUGUUGUGAAACCUACAAGUUCUGUGAACGGGUACAGACGGACUCCUUCGUAUCUAAUGAACUAGAUGACCCUGAUGACCUGAUUGUAUCUCGAAAGGGAAAGAGCCACCUGCAGGACUGGCAGAGUGUGACAUCUCUGGGCUUACUUAAUUUGGUCUACGAUGUUACACCUCCAGACUUUGUGGACCUGGUGAUCACAGAGCUGGGCAUGAUCCCAUGUACAUCUGUGCCUGUAGUGCUGCGAGUCAAGAAUGUGGAUCAGUGAAGAUUAAGCUUCUCUAUUGAAUUGUGUGUUUAAUAGCCUGCACACAGAGCUUCUAGCAUAAAAUAAACCUGUAUCUAUAUUGUCA